AUGCACAUCGCGGAAAUGGUUGCUCUGUUGCGUCCGCGGGAAGAAGGCCCCAUCGGCCUGCACAUGGCGUGGCUUGCCCUGCCUGAAUCGGAGGUCCCCGCCAAAGCAGACCACGAGGAGAAACAAUUCUUCCUGUCCGCUGCUAUGAGCAAGGAGCCGAGGGGCGAGGGGCGCCGCCGCUUCUCCCAUCUGGCCUCCGAGAAGGGCGGCCUGCACCGCGUCGUUCUGGACGCGGAGACUGCCAGUAGGGGCAGUGGGGAGGAACCCGAGUACCUCCCAUGCGCCCCGCCGAGGUCGUUGAGAUGA